CUGGCACGCUGUCAGUCCUUCGUGUGUGUAUCGAAGGAACUUGGUAUCGAUGUAAACUUGGGUGUUGAGAAAAAGUUAAGUUCUUUUCGUGCCCAAAAAUAUGCCAAACAAGAAAAAAGAAAAGGGAGCUGAGGACACAGGCAAGCCCAAAGUUGGAAAUGGGAAGUCAUCCAAAGAAGGAUCAUCAACAGAAAAUGGAGAAGAGAGCGGGAGAACUAGCCCCGGAAGUUCGCCUUCUUCUGGACCGAAAUUGGCGACUGGACCACCACCUCCGACACAAAUCAAUAAGAUUAAGUUCACGGGUACAACAGUGGUGAAAAAUCGACGGCAGAGCUCCUCGCGUUUCAACAUUACCAAAAAUCGCGAGAUCCAAAAAUUGCCUUUGCUCAAAGAUGCGGCACCAGCAGAGAGAGAAGAAUUGUUUGUGCAGAAAAUUCAGCAGUGUUGCGUUCUGUUCGACUUUGUGGCCGAUCCGCUCAGCGAUCUUAAAUGGAAGGAGGUCAAACGGGGAGCUUUAUUAGAGAUGGUCGAAUAUGUCACUUCGCAACGUGGUGUCAUAACUGAAGCGAUCUAUCCUGAAGCUGUCAAUAUGUUCGCCACCAAUUUAUUUCGGGCCCUGCCGCCUUCAAGCAAUCCUAACGGGGCCGAGUUUGACCCGGAGGAGGACGAACCCACACUUGAAGCUGCUUGGCCUCACCUUCAACUUGUCUAUGAAUUUUUUUUGAGGUUUUUAGAAUCACCCGACUUUCAACCGAAUAUAGCCAAGCGGUGCAUCGAUCAGAAAUUCGUUCUACAGCUAUUGGACCUGUUCGAUUCAGAGGAUCCCCGCGAACGGGAUUUCCUCAAAACUACACUGCAUCGGAUAUAUGGAAAAUUUCUCGGUCUUCGCGCUUAUAUUCGAAAGCAAAUUAACAACAUAUUCUAUAAGUUCAUUUAUGAAACAGAGCAUCACAAUGGAGUAGCAGAACUGUUGGAAAUCCUAGGUAGCAUUAUUAAUGGCUUCGCGCUACCUUUAAAGGAGGAACACAAGGUCUUCCUCCUCAAAGUGCUCAUGCCACUGCACAAGGUCAAAUCUUUGUCAGUUUAUCACCCACAACUGGCUUAUUGCGUCGUCCAGUUUUUGGAAAAAGAUCCGUCACUGACGGAACCCGUUGUCCUCAGUUUGCUGAAGUUUUGGCCUAAAGUUCACUCACCCAAGGAGGUGAUGUUCUUAAAUGAACUGGAAGAAAUUUUGGAUGUAAUGGAGCCAGCAGAGUUUUCGAAGGUCAUGGUGCCCCUCUUUCGUCAAUUGUCGCGUUGCGUUUCCAGCCCGCAUUUCCAAGUGGCCGAACGUGCCCUCUAUUAUUGGAACAACGAGUACAUCAUGAGCUUGAUCAGUGACAAUGCCUCUGUUAUCUUGCCCAUCAUGUUUCCAGCACUUUACAAGAAUUCAAAGUCUCAUUGGAACAAAACAAUUCAUGGUUUGAUCUACAACGCCCUCAAGCUCUUUAUGGAGAUGAACCAAAAAUUAUUUGACGAUUGUACGCAACAGUAUCGGUCGGAACGGCUGAAAGAAAAGGAGAAAUUCAAAGAACGGGAGGAGUUUUGGAACCAAAUAGAAGCUGAGGCUAUUAAAAAUCCUAAGCACCAUUUGGUGGCUAAUCUCAUGCCCAAAUCCAUUUCGGGUGGAGCUUUGGCGAUGUCCGUUAGCGCUGCGCUAACUGCUGCUGGGCAAGUUGCUUCAGGCGAAGACCAAGAGGAAGACGCAGCCAACGUCUCUUACGAAAAGAUCGAAGCAGAGGCUCGCGAGGCUAAGCGAGUCAAGAACCGGGAGAAACCGUUGCUUCGGCGUAAAUCGGAACUACCGCACGACACUUACACGAUCAAAGCGUUGACGGAUCACAAAAGGGCUGAUGAAUUCCUGCCAACGCCGCCUGACGUCAACACCAGUUGAACAAGGUGACUCGUACUUGGCGUGCAACAUUUUUCAGGAUGAAGAGAAGAGGAUUGCAAAGAAGUUUCGUUCAAACUGUAGAGGCAGCAUCAAACCAUUUAAACAGACCUAAAGUAGAGACUUUUUUAAAAUUAUUAUUUGUAGAAAAACCUGCCAAGAUUCCCUUAUCCCAACUAUAGAUCUAGAAGAUCACUACCCCAUACCACAUGCGCCUAAUUAAGCUGUCUAUUGUCAAACGCUAACCCCUCCAACUUUGAUUAGAUGUUUUAGUGUCGUUUGUCUAACACAGUCCAGAUAACCCAAAAUUGGACUGUGGCCAUCCCCGUGACAUGUCAGUUUCUGUUGCCGCACAGCAUAGACAGCCAAUGGGAACGAGAAUUAGCAAAACAAAAACAAACAAAA